UUGGGGUUAAAGGAUGUCAGUGACACAAAACAAGCAAAUGCGACCAGCAACUUUUCCUAAUCUGGUUCCCGCCCCAUAUUAAAUUUAGGGACCUGUUGCUAGCUCUCAUAUAACACAUCUGAUUGCCCCCUGUGAGCACCAAAACCCAAGUACAAAUGGUGAAGAAAUGAGCACCUUUGCUGUCUCAUAGAGAAGGCUGAUGUUUUUUUCUUAAACAUUUCUGUACCAAUGUGGUAAAAAAAAAUCCAUGCACGAAAAGUGUUGAAUUACUCGCAUCUGUGUAAACUGUGACGUCACUCGUGCUCAAGAGCUAGGUGCUGGGGAACGCUGAUAUCUUUGAGCUUUCAUAGGAUCUCAUGGACUUUAAUGUUCAUGAUCUUACACGGAUUUUCCUGCUAAAAUGAAAACUCUCUGCAGAGCCGUCUUCCUGUUGUGGUUUUUAUUGUGGGCGUGGUCAUACUAUUAUGGAUGACCACACCUGCUUUCAAGAGUUGUGAGAUGCUGAACAUGAUGCUACAUGAUGACAGAAAGACAGUUUUCAUGUUAACAGGAACUGUUUUUAUAGCCAUUCACAUUUCCCACCCAAUAACAUGUCACUGAUUGAUCUUAAUUUCUAUCGAAUUUAUGAAACUCACUUUGAACGAUAUUUCAAAAACAUUAAUAGCAUCGUUUCAACAUACAUGUACAUCGAGCUAAAGCAGUGAGUUUGUGAGGGAAUUAUUCAUAAUUUUGCUUCAUUUUCCCAUGCUGUUUUUAAUCAAGUCCAGCUCCAAGUAAGUAUUCAUCUCCUUUGUCACAACUGAAGAAAGUUACAACUAUUAAUUUCUUCCCAAGUCUCCUCCUUUCGCAUCUUCUCCCCGUGCUUGCUUUCCAGUCAGCUUCUCUUGCAAAGCCAGUUGCAGAGGUUACCCAAUCUCAAAGUGUCUCUAAAUGAUGUGCUUGCGAGUGCUCUACGUCUUUGUCUCUUGCCUGUCUCUUUUGGUGGCGAUGGUAACCCUGUGGGCCAUCCAACAUUUUAUGUAUGUCGGUGAUGACCAACUCCAGCAGCUAGGUGUGGUGGCUAGGACAAGGGACAAUGCCGGUGUGUUUCAGAGCAAGAAAUUAGGGAAAUUCAUCCGCCUGGAGAAAUGGACAAAGGCUACGCUGAGGUGUAGCACCGUCUGUAGCAAGCGAUCAGGAGGCACCUGCGUCCCUCUUGACUUGGCUGUUUUCGUCUAUCGAGAUGAAAUCCCAGCAAAAGAGCACACCUACAACCGUAUGUAUCCUGCGGUACGAGUCCCAGCAAUGAGAGAAACCAAAUUUCUCACCAAAAAACUGAACACUGAGCGGUGCUACAUGAAGGAUCAUUUUCCAGACAUGAGGCUGAUCGAGCAGCAGAGGCGUUGCGCUGUCGUGGGGAAUGGUGGCAUCCUCGUCGGCAGCGGAUGCGGCGCAGAGAUCGACUCCCACGACUUCGUUGUCCGCUCUAACCUGCCACCGUUACAGGGCUAUGAAAAAGACGUUGGCAGAACGGCCAACCUGUCAGCAUUCAACACCAUGACGUUGAUGAAUUUCACUGACGGACUAGCUCCCAAUGCCACCAAUAAAACACUAGACCUUUUGGGGCAAUAUUUGCAAUACCUAUCGACUCUGGAUGAGACAAUAUUGUGGUAUCUGAAGACUUUGCGGGAGCCGUAUGAUGAAAUGUUUCGUCUAGUCACGCAGUAUCUGAAGUCCACCAGCAAACAUACAAAGAUUCAUUAUGCAUACAGUUGGAAGUCCAUACAUGUGGAGAAGGAGUGGGCGUUGAAAGGUACGGGGACACUUGGCUUCGACAUUUUCGCCGUGGCUAGGACCUUCUGUGAUAACAUCACCCUCUAUGGCUUCUUCCCGUUCCAUGAGGACCAAGAUGGAAGAAAAAUACCUCAUCAUUACUAUGAAGAUGUCGUGGAGUUUUCUUACAAUGGAACAGUCCACAACUUCUUACUUGAGUAUCAGAAGUUAAAGGAACUGGAUGCGAGGGGGGAAGUGCGACUGGUGACUAGAGCUUGCAGUGCAUGAACAACAUUGGCACGUUUUUGACGCUAACUUCAAGGCAUUCUUUCACCUUGCUUUUUAUUUGAACUUAACAGGUUUCCACUUCCACCUUGCAUAUUUCCGUAACACUUGUUUUAUAAAAUCGUGACACCAUACACCACAGUGCUGAUACCUUACACAGUCUAAGUAUAAUAAUACCAAUGGAAACAGACAUCCUGUGCCAAAUUUUGAACGAGGUUGUCAGUCUCCAUCUGAAAGUGAUUUGGGGGAAGUGAAGAACACUGACAGCAUGGAAGAAUCCUGCACAGAUUAAUUAGACCGAUCCAGUAAGCCCCCCCCCCACUGCUCACAUGGGCACUUUGCAUGUGCUCUUGUCUAGUGCCACACUACGUCUUCCAGCCGUGUAUCAUACACACGCGCACGUAAGGGUUAAUGGAUCAGUCUAUUCAUCACAUUUCUUGCAGCGACAAUGUGCCACGUAACUUUGACCAAAAAAAAAAAACACGAGGCAAAAUGUCUGUGCUGAAUCGUAGGAUGGCAAGUUAUUAUUCGCUUGUGUUCUAAACUUUGCCAAACUGGAGGCCAUCCAAUUGCCAUAUUUGUUCAAACUGGUGCUAUUUGCUCAACUUUUCACUAAAGGAUCAAUACAUUUACGUUUUCAAAUGAACAAACAACGUACUGUACCAUCACUCAUUCCAAUAUAGGGGUUCAAUGCUGGACGAACAUCACAACUUGACAAAGAUACAACCAUAUUGUGAGGCACUGUUGAAAGUCUGACAAUCCACAAAUGAAGACACUCAUAUGACAAAAUCGACCAGUCUCAGCUCCAACCAUGCAAAGAUUGAACCAUGAAGGCAACACACUGAUUAUUUGUGUGCCAGUCAAUGGUCUGGGCCCAAAUUACACAGAGCCACCAAAACCCCUGUAAAUGUUUGCAGUGAAGGAAAAAAAAAAAACCUAAAUCUGCUGCUCCUCUAAACUUCGGCCUACAGAACUUGAUGUCUGGCACAUUGCCUUUCACUGGCUUUCUGUCUUCCGUUGGGAACAACUUGGCAGCUCUACACACUGGGUCAUCUAGUAUUUGAGUCUGGUUAUUUUUUAAAACUUGCCCAAUUAAGCCACAAUAUAAACAGCAGCAUUUAUAUGUAUUCCUUUGUCAAAGAAAUGGAAGACCAUAUUAUGCUUAUGGUGUGUGACAAAGUGCAGCUUAGUUACCACAUUGACAUUUGUGCACAUUUUCAGCCUAUUGGCUGCAGUCGACGCUUUUAUACCCAGUGCAUCCAAGAAAUACAACUGCUUAAAUUUGCUUCCAUGAAUCAUGAGAAAAAACUUGAAAUUUGAAUUCUACGGUGGUUAAUGAAGUUGAAUGUAGAAAAAACUGGACAAUCUCUCACAACGCGUGCAAAGUUGACUUGAGUCAAGCUUCUAUUGGUUAUUAGUUGAUGAGUAUGGAAUCGUACACCCCCAACCAACAGAAUCUGUCCCAGCAGUAGUUGGGACUAUCCCAUCUUGGGUGCUGUAGUUGGGCUGAUGCAACUGUGGCACGGUGCUGCUUGUUUAUAUUAUGAGAUUUUAUUUCUGCUUUUUUUUCUGCAGAAUGACUGAUAAAUUGUAGCUCAUAAGUUUAAAACAGUGUACAGAAAUGAUUGUCACUGACUUACUUUUGUUCAGAAGAAGAUUUCAGCUCUGAACCUAGGAGUGGUAAUACGCACAAUCAUUCUACAGAAUGCAUUUUCUUGCGUCGAGCCAGAAUGAAAAACAGUUCCAUGGAUGAGACCAUCUUUUCAUAAGCCAAUUUUGAAUUUUCAAAUUGCCAAAUAUAGAAUUUAGACAAAUUUGUGAGCGCUUCCAGUGUUUUAUAUACUUGAUUAUAAUGUACCUCAGUAACGUGCUUUGUCAGCUUACUGUCAAUAUGAAUGUCCAAGUUAAUAAAAGGGUCUGUGUGCUGGAUCA